AUGCGAAGUAUUUUUGUUUCUUCGAAUAAUUUCCUUUUUGAGUUGGUGGAAUUUUCGUUUAAAAAAAAUCAAUAUUUCUGUGCUAUUAAUAACGUCCUGAUUCGACCCAAAAAGUGGAUCGAAGAUAGUUAUAAUGAGUUGUGUGUACAAUGUGUCUUGAUUUCGAUCCUCAACAAAUUUCAUACUUUUGUUGUCCAGCGUCCUGUCAAAAAAGGGAACGUUUCUCUUCAACUCAUUAACAUCCGAAGAAUUGAAACAGGGAGUGAUUGGAUAGAUGUUGAAGCCUUUGUGGUCAAACGAGUUCAAGAACGACAAAUGUACGAUGUGAAAAUUGGAAUUUCGCAAGACACUGCAAAACAACGCAUCACCAAAAACAAAACAUACGAACAAAUCCAUUUGUUAAUUGACUUGGCGUGGUUGAAUGGGUUUUUUUGCAACUCCACGUUCACAAGCGGAAGUCGAUCUUCGAUGGUCUGUGAAAACGUUGUUGAAAUCUAUUUAAAGAACAAAAUAAUUUUAUCAACAGACAAAAUAUACGGACUCGGCAUUAAAGUCAACCAAAUGAUAUGCAGAAGGCUUGAAACCCAAUACUCGAUAGUUAUUGAGAAAAAUGAUAAUGACAUUCAGAGUGUACUAGAACAAUUUGAAUUAAAAUAA